CACCUCGAGUGCUCCUCACAUCCCCAUUGCAGAACCUCUCUCCCUUCUUGGUUCUUCUUCUCAUCUCCUCCCACUCCAGCUCUGCCCCUGAGCCAAGAACUGAGCAGCAGAGAGCUCGUGGUCUCUUUGCCAGCUUCUCCUCAGUCCUCACCAAGCUGUUCUUGCAGAGAAAACAUAGCCAAAGAGCUAAUUUGAGCUCCCACCAUGAAGUACGUGCUGGUGACAGGAGGGGUGGUGAGCGGCCUCGGCAAGGGCGUGACCGCGAGCAGCAUCGGCGUCGUGCUCAAGGCCUGCGGGCUCCGCGUCACCACCAUCAAGAUUGACCCAUACCUCAACACUGAUGCUGGAACCAUGUCUCCGUUCGAGCAUGGUGAGGUCUUCGUUUUGGACGAUGGUGGAGAGGUGGACUUGGACCUUGGAAAUUACGAACGUUUUCUGGACAUCAAAUUGACCCGUGAUAACAACAUAACCACGGGAAAAAUAUAUCAGUCAGUCAUUAACAAAGAAAGGAGAGGAGACUACUUGGGGAAAACCAUUCAGGUGUGUGACCAGUAUGUGGUGGGAAGCUUUAAUGUGAGAAAUAUCUAUGUUUAUUACUUAAUUUGUCCAUAUUUUCCUUUUCAGGUUGUGCCACAUAUUACAGAUGAAAUUCAAGAUUGGAUUGAACGUGUAGCGAUGAAUCCGGUCGAUGGUAAAGAAGGACCUCCUGAUGUUUGUGUCAUAGAACUUGGUGGCACCAUAGGGGAUAUUGAAUCAAUGCCCUUUAUUGAAGCAUUAGGUCAAUUUUCCUACCGUGUUGGACCUGGAAACUUCUGUCUGGUCCAUGUCAGUCUUGUUCCAGUUUUAAAUGUAGUUGGUGAACAGAAAACUAAACCUACCCAGCAUAGUGUUCGUGGGCUAAGAGGCCUUGGAUUGGCACCUGACAUUUUAGCAUGUCGCAGUACCGAGCCACUGGAAGAAAACGUGAAAGCAAAGCUCUCACAAUUUUGUCACGUUCCAGUCUCAAGUAUUAUUAAUCUCCAUGACGUUACAAACAUUUGGCACAUCCCCUUGUUGCUAAGGGACCAAAGGGCCCAUGAAGCUAUUCUGAAAGUUCUAGACCUUCAAUUUGUCGGUAAAGUACCACGAGAACCCAAGUUGGUUGAAUGGACCGAAAGAGCCAGCAAGUUUGACAAGUUGAAGGCUACGGUUAAGAUUGCGAUGGUUGGAAAAUAUACUGGGCUGUCCGAUUCCUACCUGUCUGUUCUAAAGGCACUUUUGCAUGCAUCGGUUGCUAUGGGAAGAAAGCUUGUAGUGGAGUGGGUUCCUUCCUGUGAUCUUGAAGAUUCUGCAGCCAAAGAGACCCCUGAAGCCCAUAAAAAAGCAUGGAAGCUACUCAAGGGUGCAGAGGGUAUACUUGUCCCUGGAGGCUUUGGAGAUAGAGGUGUUCAGGGAAAAAUUCUUGCUGCAAAAUAUGCACGAGAAAAUAAUGUUCCUUAUCUCGGCAUUUGCUUGGGUAUGCAAAUUGCAGUGAUUGAUUUUGCCUGUUCUAUCAUGAAAUUACCGGGUGCAAAUAGCACAGAGUUUGACCCAGAUACAAUGUCACCCUGCGUCAUUUUCAUGCCAGAGGGUUCCAAAACCCAUAUGGGGGCAACUAUGCGGCUUGGAUCAAGGAGAACAUAUUUCCAUGCCACUGCAUGCAAAUCUGCAAAGCUGUAUGGUAAUGCUAGAUUCGUAGACGAAAGACAUCGACACAGAUAUGAGGUAAAUCCUGAAAUGGUACCAGAGUUUGAGAAGGCCGGACUUUCAUUUGUUGGCAAGGAUGAGAGUGGAAGACGCAUGGAGAUUAUUGAACUACCCAGUCAUAAAUUUUUCAUUGGAGUACAGUUCCAUCCUGAAUUCAAGUCAAGACCAGGGAAGCCAUCUCCACUUUUCUUAGGAUUAAUAGCAGCAGCAUCUGGACAACUAGAAACUUUGCUCCAACCAAGUUCCAACAUUGUCAAUCCAAAUCCUAUGCCCAGAUUUCCCAUUCCCAAAAAGACGAUUUACCAUGCCAAGAAGCCACUGGACAGCUUGGUAAACGGAUACUUUGCAAAUGGCAACGUCAUCCACACUUGAUUAGCAGUUGUGCAAAUCCUAAGCGAGGCCUUGUUUGAGAUUUGUUUCUACGGUUUUCUGCUUGAACCCUAAUCUUUUCUUCUUCUUCGUUUUCGUGUUUUUUUUUUGGCUUUGUAUUUGUCUCUGCUCAACUGAGAAGGCUAAGAGUUGCAAGCUCCAGAUACACGGUUCCCAUGUUUUAAGAGGAAACGUCCUCCGGUCAUGUUGAAGCAAAGUUUAGCUAUAGGGUGGUGUAGUGUGCUGUUUAUUUCCUGCUGAGGCCUCAAUUAAGGCUGGAAAUGUAUUGGUAGCUUUAGUAUAGCCUGGCAUCUCAACUAUUUGUACAUUGGGAAAAAAACCUACCUAAGUACUGAAUAUACAAAUGCUUGGCCAAGAUUGCUUACUUCAAUGAA